AUGGAAAGCACAGACUCUAUGAAGGAACCCACUGGCAGCCCUUCAGAUGUGGGGAUCAUGAUUUUCGGGAAGGAGUGGUCAGAGAAAAGCCAUGUGGGUAAUGUUAUUCUGGGCAGCUAUGCAUUUGAAAGUCAAGCACCUCCAAAUCAGUGUGUAGCUGCAGAAGGAUUGGUGGAUGACAAACACCUGACUGUUGUCCUCACCCCAAAUCUCAUCAGUAGUCAGCUCAAACUGCGACACUUACAGCGGAGGAUGAAAGAAUGUGUCUCCCUAUGUGGUCCAGGUCCUCAGGCAUAUAUUUUGGUUGCACAACCUCAAGACCUCACAGAAGAUGACCAUAAGAGAGUGGAGAUGAUCUUGACCUCUGUGCUUGAUCAGGCAUUGGAACGUACCCUUGUAGUGAAGUUCUUACCUGAAGAUGAGGAUGAAGAAGAAGAUGAAGAUGGGGUUGGUAGCAGUGUUGAUGACUAUGAGAGUGAUGCCUUGCAUCGUCUGAUACAAAACAAGAAUUAG